GAAAGACCGAAUGACAAUAUAGAAUUAGAGUGGAAAACGAAAUUGAUUAGGCAAGUACUUUACGCUGAUUAAUUUGAUAAUUUUAUAAUAUUUACAUAUAUGAUUCUAAGUGUAGGUCAUGUAUGUGAAUUUUAACAUUCCGUAUCCGUAUUCUCUAUUUUUAAAUUGAUGUUUUUCCGUAUCCGUUUCAGUACCCGUCUCAACCAAAGCACCCUAAGAGAAGUGGGCUUUGCGUUGGGCUUACUCCCUCAACACUCACCUUCCUGUGAUCAUGGCAAUUGAUCUGUAACUAAAACCCAGAAAUCCUCCCAAAACCUAACAACUUUCUCUCUCCUCCUUCUUCGUGUUCCUCUUCUUCACCUCUCAAACAUAUUAGUCGUGGCCUUAUUAAAUCUCCAUUCUUCCAAAGAUCAACAUUUCAAGCUCAAAUUAAUUAAUAUAAACAAGAAAUUUUCAAUAUGAAUUUAAUCUAAUGCAAACAAAUACUCAUUUCUGUUGCAUUUAUACAGUUGAAUCAUCCAAUCUUUGUUCUUCAAAUGCGUUCUCUUAUGGAUUUGAGAAGACUUUCCACCAUUAAACCCACCUUCUUCUUCUCCUCCUUUCGCCGACCACUUCGCUCAGUUUCUCCGCCAUUUUCGCCGCCUCAAGAUCAACCCCAGAAACUUGAUGAGAGUUAUGUCAAGUGGGUUUCUUCUGUUUUGUCAAACCCAUCUCUGGAAUCUUCUAAAUGUAAAGAAAUUCUAACUCUUGUAUCCCCUUCUCAAUUUGAUCGUGUUUUUACUGAAAUUAAGUCAUUGGUUAAUCCCAAAACAGUGUUGCAAUUCUUUUAUUAUGGGAUUGAUUCAUGUAGGUAUUCUUUUAGUGUUAAAUCCUAUUGUGAAUUGAUUCGUUUGCUUGUUGGGUCGAAUUUUAGUGAUUCUGCUAGGUUGUUGUUGAUUCGUUUGAUUGAUGGGAAAGUUCCUACUGUUUUUGAGAAAUAUAGUGAUAGACAUAUUGAGAUUGCUGUUGCAUUGGUUGAUUUGAAUCUCGAGUUGGAGAAGUCAGUUGGGAAUCGAACGUUUGAUUUGUUGGUUCAUGUUUAUUGCACCCAGAUUAAGAAUGCCGGUUAUGGGUUGGCUUUCGACGUUUUUAAGGUGAUGGCUCAGAGGGAAGCUUUUCCGUCUUUGAAGACGUGUAAUGUCCUUUUGAGCUCGCUGGUUAAGGCUGGCGAGGUUGAAAGGAGUUACGAGGCGUUUGAGAUCAUGCGGAAAGGAGUUGUGCCUGAUGUUUAUCUGUUUAGCACGGCUAUUAAUUCGUAUUUCAAAGGUGGGAGGGUUAAGGAUGGGAUGGAGUUGUUUAUGGAGAUGGAGGAGGUAGGGAUUUCACCUAGUGUUGCGACUUACAACAAUGUUAUUCAUGGACUUUGUAGGUGUGGUGGUUUAGAUGAGGCAUUUCAAUUCAAAGAGAGGAUGGUUAGGAAUGGUAUGAUGCCUGACGUUGUAACUUAUGGAGGUCUUAUUAAUGGCUUGGUUAAGUUUGGGAAGUUUGACGAAGCGAAUCACUUGCUACAGGAAAUGCCAGAGAAGGGUUUGGUUGCUAAUGAAAUUGUUUAUAACUCAUUGAUUAAUGGGUAUUGUAGAGUAGGAAAAGUUGGGGAGGCAUUGAGUUUAAAAGAUUCUAUGUUGUCAAGGGGGAUUAGUCCAAAUUCAUCAACCUUUAAUUCACUUCUUCAUGGCUUUUGUCAGUGUAAUAUGGCAGAGCAGGCUCAAUCUCUAUUGGAGGAGAUGUUGUCUAGAGGGUUAUCGGUACAGUUAGGGGCCUUUAAUUCUGUCAUCCGCUGUAUUGGUAUGAAUGGUACAUUGGAUUCUGUUUUGUGUAUCAUCGAAGAGAUGCUAUCGAGAAACUUAAGGCCUAGUGAUGCCCUGCUUACUACAAUUAUGGUUAGAAAUUGUAAAGAGGGUAAACAUACACAGGCUGUUGAAUUUUGGUUUAGACUUGUGGAGAAAGGGUUUACACCAAAUAUAGUGACUUCAAACGCUUUAAUUCAUGGACUUUGUGAAGCUGGUAUCAUGCAUGAGUCUGCUAGGCUUCUCAAGGAAAUGAUAAAAAGGGGUUUUAAAUUGGAUAGAAUCACAUACAAUACCCUCAUCUCAGGCUGUUGUAAAAAUGGAAAAUUGGAGGAAGCUUUUAAUUUGAGAAAUGAGAUGGAAAAGCGUGGUAUACAACCAGAUAUUCAUAUGUACAACAUUCUUCUGCAUGGACUGUGUAAUGCCAAUAAAAUUGAUGAAGCCAUGAAGCUCUGGGAGGAGUGCAAAACAAGUGGAAUGGUUGCAAAUGUUCAUACAUAUGCUGUUAUGAUCAAUGGGUAUGCCAAGGCUGGAAAGAUUGAAGAGGCAGUUAGACUUUUCGAUAAGCUGCUUGCUCAGAAAUUAGAGCUAAACUCGGUUGUUUAUAAUUCACUUAUUUCUGCAUAUUGUAGAGCAAACAAUAUGGUCAAUGCUUUUCAACUUCGUGAUGACAUGAAAGGCAAAGGCAUUGCGCCAACUUCUGUCACAUAUUCCUGUCUUAUAGAUGGACUGGCUAACACAGGUAGUGUUGAUCAAGCUAGGAACCUUCUUGAAGAAAUGAGCAAGGAAGGUCUGAAUCCUGAUGUAUACUGCUAUACUGCCUUAAUGGGUGGUUACUGUAAGCUUGGUCAGAUGGAUAAUGUGGAGGCUAUCUUGCAAGAGAUGUGCAUGAAUGGCAUAAUUCCAAAUAAAAUCACCUAUACAAUCAUGAUAGAUGGGUAUUCUAAAAUGGGUGAUGCCGAAAAGGCAGCUAAGCUUUUGGAGAAAAUGGUUCGUGAUGGAAUUAUUCCUGAUAACGUUACAUAUAAUGCUCUUACUAGUGGUUUGUGCAAGGAAGGAAAGAUAGGAGAAGCAUUUAUGCUGACUGAUACUAUGACACAACAGGGAGUUCCUAUGGAUGAUGUAACAUAUACAACCUUGAUUCAUGGGUUGGCACAGCCAAUGGCAUUUACAAACCAAGACUGAUCAAGAUGAUUUCUGAAAAUCUUAAAUGGUAGAUCACUUGAGAGUUGAGAGAACAGUCUCAUUGCUGUGUCUCUUGGCCCUGGCAAACCUUCAAUUAGUGAAGCUCUUUCUUGAUUAGACUUGUUGUUGCUGCGGUGAAAGGUAUUUGUGAAGAGUUCCUAUUUUCCACACUCCCCAAAACCUUGCCUCAGAUGGAAGGCUCGCUCCAAAGCCUUUGUAACUGUUCUAGGAGAUUUUGGUUCUGACUUUCUCUGUAUACAGGAAUUAGAUGAGUAUGAUAGCUUUUAUAGCGGCAAUGUGGAAUGACUUCAAUACUCAAGCAUCUAUUUCCAAAGGAAUGGCCAAAACCGUGAUGGUUGUGGAAUCUUUUACAAGCUGG